CGCAUCUCUCAGCUCCAGCUACCUCGGCUGUCUCCCUCAGCCACAGCUGAGACGUCAGAACGGUUACACACCCACACACGUACCGCCAGAGGUUUGGCUACUAGUAGCUAUAAAGGGACGUAGAGAGUCAUCUCAGGAUGUCCACCACACAUCAUCUCACCCCAGACACCUCGGCCAACUACCAGAUCAACAAAUCCUGAACUAUCAUAAUCGAUGAUGAAGCCCAUCCUCCUCCCCAUCCUCGCCGCUACAGCGGCAGCAACCGAUCUCCUUCUCCCUCUCUACCAGUACCCGGCUAACAAUGGCGGUGCCUGGUCGCCCAUCGAGCAAGCCAUGACCGCCAACCCCUCCCUGACCUUCAAGGUCAUCAUCAACCCGAACAACGGGCCCGGCGGUCCCGGCCAAGGCAUCGACGACCCGCAAUACGCCGCAGGCACCAAGGCGCUCGCCUCGCACCCCAACGCCCAGCUGAUCGGCUACGUGCACACGUCGACUGACUGGGGCGCCACGCGGUGCAACGUCCCGUGGCCAUCUAUCACUGCCGACAUCAAGCGCUGGGCUACGUGGCCGGCUCGCGGCGUCGCCAUCAAAGGCAUCUUCAUCGACGAGGCGCCCGUCAACACGGCUAACGACUGCGUGGCCUACAUGCGCAACCUGACUACCUUUCUCCGCACCGACCCUGACGUGGUGCGCGCGUUCGGCACGAACAAACCCAUCAUCGUCUUCAACCCGGGCGGCGUCGGCGCGCUGCAGCCGUACUACGACCUGCAGCCGGACCUGAUCGUCGCGCUCGAGACGUGCUUCGUCGUGCCGGCCCGGGCCGGCGGCGGCGGGACGUAUGACGACCAGUGCUCGCCCGCGGGCGGGUACGAGCGGUACGAUCACGACGGGGUGGGCAGCUCGCUGGAUAACGUCGUGUUCCCGUCCGUGGGGAGAGCGAAUGCUGCCAGGACGGCGGUGCUGGUGCAUGGGUUUCACGACUUCAAUGGGCCGGCGGCCAACAUGAGUGCUACGGUGGGCGUUCUGGGCCAGUUGAUUCGCGGAGUGGUGCAGAGGAAGAUCGGGGCGACCUUCUUCAACACGGCGGGGUAUCACACUUUCACAGAUGGACCGGCAUCCAUUGGCGCUGCAGCAAGUGCGUUGAGAGCGGCAAAUGGUGCCUAAUCAUGUAGUUGAAUGGAUAGGCUGGUUCGUACGGACAGAUGCCAUACAACAACUCAAUGACAAAGCUGGCCGAGAGAUAGGCGUAAAUACACUACCUAGACAGAGGCGACUUGA